GACCUGUGAUAUCCAGAAGUACUUCUCGGGAGCCAUUGUGAGGCCAUGGCGGAGACGACACAAGGACUCUUUGUGGAGCUGAAUUCGAUGUGUCUCGGCAGUAACUACGAUAAAAUUGUCGAGACUUGUGACAAAAUUCUUCGAUCGGAGCCUAGUGACCCAGAUGCCAUUCACACCAAGAUCGUCGCGCUGAUUCGGCUGGAGCAGUAUACCAAUGCUCUCAAACUAAUCGACUCACCGACAAUCCCGACAUUUUUGCGAGAGGAACUUGUGUUUGAGCGAGCAUACUGCCUCUAUCGGGCUAACCGACUGCAAGAUUGCUUGGAUCUCGUCCGCAAGCAGCGCGAAGAUGCAGCCAAAAACUUUGGUUCUGAUGUCGAGAGAAGCUUAAGACAUCUGGAAGCGCAAGUCCUAUAUCGAUUCGAGAAGUAUGAUAAUUGCGAUCAGAUAUAUAAGGAAUUGAGUACUAGCGCAGAAGAGUAUGAGCAAGGAGAGUUGCGAGCGAACAUUCUGGCUGUCAAAGCGGCCGCCGUGGCGAAUGGCGAAAAACUCGUCGACGAGAUGGAGAUAGAUGUAUCAUCUGAUUCCUACGAAGUUGCAUAUAAUGUGGCUUGUAUGCAUCUGGCAAAAAGGGAACUCGAUCAAGCUGCCAGUUUAUUAGAGAAGGCGAAAGGACUUUGUCGGGAGUCUUUGGCAGCGGAACAGUACUCAGAGGAGGAGAUUCAGCAGGAACUUGCAGUGAUCGCCGUACAACUCGCGUAUGUGCACCAACUACAAGGAAGAUCCGCAGAGGCCAUUGAGCUUUACGAAACGGUUUUAAAAUUGAAGGGCACAGACACGGCUAUCUCGGCCAUUGCGUCCAACAACUUAAUGACUGUUAAAAAGAAUCGGGAUCUACCGGACGCCGCAAAAUUGUAUCGCUUGGCAACAUCCAGCGGUUUGGAGCACAAACUCACUAGUGUGCAAAGGAGGAUUAUUGCUGUUAACGGCGCCUUGUUGUCUCUCUCCAUGAGCAAGUUUGGUGAUGCGCGACAAAAAGCGAAAGCUCUUUGUGAUCAAUACCCGGGUGACGAUACCCCCUAUCUAAUUUUAGCGGGUAUAUCUCUGCAGGAAAAGAAGCUGCCAUCCAAAGCUUUGGAAGAGUUGCAGCAAUACGUGCAAAAGCUUCCACACUCUCUUUCCAUCCAUCUUGCCCUGGCUCAGUUGCUGAUUGAGCAGUCAAACCUUCGCGGAGCGCUCAAUCUAAUGAAGACUUUUGCUGACAGUGCCAGUGAGGAUAAGCGGUAUCAACCCGCAGUGGUUUCCUUGCUGGUUUGGUUGUACGGACAAGUAAACGAAGUGGACACAGCUGUCUCUCUGCUGGAAGAGGCAACACGGUUCUGGAAGGGGUCAAAUAACGAGCGGCCCAUCCUCAAACAGUUAGCCUCCUAUAAGCUCAAAUGUCAGCGGCCACAGGAUGCUGCUCAAGACUAUGAACGUCUUGUUAAGGCUGAUCCUACCGACGUGGAGUCGGUCGCUGGACUCAUAAUAGCAUAUUCCGAGUUCGAUCCCUCACUGGCGGAGCAGUAUCAGCAAUACCUUCCAUCAGACGCCCAAGUACCCAAGAGCUUCAUUGAUGUUGACGCCAUUGAGUCGGCUUUCGGUAGUACGGGUAACAACAAGCGCAUGCGUGAAACCGGCGCUGAAGGGUCAUCAAAGCCCAAAAAACGAAAGCGAAAGCCAAAACUUCCUAAAAACAUUGAUCCCAAUGUUGCACCAGAUCCAGAGAGGUGGUUACCUAAAAGAGAUCGUUCUACCUAUGCAAAGAAGGGUAAGGGAAAGCGGGAUAUCGGCAAAGGCCCGCAAGGAGCCGCACUAGCUGGUGGAGGACUGGGCGGAACCGGGAGCGCUAACAUUGAGGGAAGAAAGAGUGUUGGAGCAAAAAAGGAAACGCCCCCAGACAGCCCGCAACUUGCCCCUGUGACACAGAAACCUGCACCACCAGCGCAACAAGCAACGUCCAAUAAGAAAAAGAAGAAGGGAAAGAAAUGAGUAUGAAAUUUUAGACAGUCCCUGUAACGGCAUAUUAUUUCGAUUUAUCAUUAAAAUUGAUCAGUCGGGCCCUUUUGGAGCACUGCGUUGCCAGAACAUGGAAGGAUUAUUGCAUUUUUAUGGGAGACUUGCCCUUAACUUUUGGCAAGGGAGGUCGAUAGGCCGUCCGUUUCUUGAGCAUAUCUUCCUUUGACGGGCUCGACGCAUUU